UAUAUCUUAAUAUUUUUCAAAAAGGAAAAACAGCUCAGUGUUAAUCCAAAACAAAAUUAUGUUAAGCAAAAAUGACAGAGUUUAUUUCAGUCUCUCAAAUACCAAAGAGAGCUCUUAAGAAUACAAUAUGAAUAGGUUCAUGAACUGGUUCAACAUACUUAACUGGUAGUUUUAUGAAUUACAAUGAAUGCUGCUGCUUUCUAAAAAUGAAUGUAUCAAAGAGGAAAUAACCUCCUUGGCAUGCCUGCAGCUAUACAACACAUUUGUUUCAUUGCUUUUAAGCGUCUGUGUGGGAGGCUCUGAAUAAGUCAAUGAGAGGACUUCAGUCAGAGCAGCACGCAGGUCUACUGAGCAGAUCAGAUGACAUGCUCAGGAAAUUAACAAGAAGAGCUAUCAGUUUCUUUCUCGAAGCCUUCUGAAAUCUGAGCCUCUGCAGAAGACUAAACCCUGGGGCCUUACCUACAGAAAUGGACAGAAGCUUGUAUACUCUCAUUUUCAAGAACCCAAAAAUUUUUUUAAAGGAAGGAGUCAACUUUGGCUUUGAGUGUUCAGCCUGGGUACAAUGCCUUUAAAAAGCAGAUGACCAGCUUAGCUACCGACCAUGCAGACCAUUGUCCGGAAUUGGAUCACAUCACACAAAAACAGCGAAUGGCCUUCUCUUACAGAAUAUCAGAACAGAGCACAAUUCCUGAGCACAUUUUGCAGAGCUCCUUUCAUCACUUAAUCUUUGCUAACUGGUCUGGAUUACAGACAGAAUCGAUACCAGAGGAAAUGAAACAGACUGGUGAGCAACAGGGAGAUAAACCGCGCUGGGCAGCUCUUCUGAUACUCCUGGUGAUAAUACCCACAAUUGGUGGGAACAUCCUUGUUAUUCUGGCUGUUUCACUGGAGAAAAAGCUGCAGUAUGCUACUAAUUAUUUUCUAAUGUCCCUGGCAGUGGCUGAUUUGCUGGUUGGAUUGUUUGUGAUGCCGAUUGCCCUCUUGACAAUAAUGUUUGAGGCUAUGUGGCCCCUCCCACUUGUUCUAUGCCCUGCCUGGUUAUUUCUUGAUGUUCUUUUUUCUACUGCAUCCAUCAUGCAUCUCUGUGCCAUUUCCGUGGAUCGUUACAUAGCCAUCAAAAAGCCAAUCCAGGCCAAUCAAUAUAACUCACGAGCCACAGUACUCAUCAAGAUUACAGUGGUAUGGCUAAUUUCAAUAGGCAUUGCCAUUCCAGUACCCAUUAGAGGGAUAGAAACUGAUGCAGGUAACCCGAGCAACAUCACCUGUGUGCUGACAAAGGAUCGUUUUGGCAACUUCAUGCUCUUUGGCUCACUGGCUGCCUUCUUCACACCUCUGGCAAUCAUGAUUGUCACCUACUUUCUCACUAUCCAAGCUUUACAGAAGAAAGCUUACUUGGUCAAAAAUAAGCCACCUCAACACCUAACGUGGUUGGCUGUGUCUACAGUCUUCCAAAGUUCCAAAGAAACACCUUGCUCAUCACCUGAAAAGGUGGCAAUGCUGCAUAGUUCCCACAAAGGCAAAACUCUGCCCAACUCAAGUGAUAAGAUACGAAGGCGAAGAAUGUCCACAGUUGGAAAAAAGUCUGUGCAGACCAUUUCCAAUGAACAGAGAGCCUCUAAGGUUCUAGGAAUUGUUUUUUUUCUCUUUUUGCUUAUGUGGUGCCCCUUUUUUAUUACAAAUAUAACUUUAGUUUUAUGUGAUUCUUGCAACCAGACUACUCUCAAAAUGCUCCUAGAGGUAUUUGUGUGGAUAGGCUACGUUUCCUCAGGGGUGAAUCCUUUGGUCUACACCCUCUUCAAUAAGACAUUUCGGAAUGCAUUUGGCCGAUACAUCAGCUGCAAUUACCGGGCCAUAAAAUCAGUAAAAACUGUCAGAAAAUGUUCCAGCAAUAUCUACUUCCAAAAUCCAAGGGCAGAGAACUCUAAAUUUUUCAUGAAACAUGGAAUGAGAAAUGGGAUUAAUCCUGCCAUGUUCCAGAGCCCAAUGAGGCUCCGCAGUUCAAACAUUCAGGCUUCCUCAAUCAUUCUAUUAGAUACACUUCUCCUCACAGAAUAUGAAGGUGACAAAACUGAAGAGCAAGUCAGUUAUGUAUAGAAGGAAUGUCAGUUUUCAUCUAAUUAAUAUAACAAUGAAUAAGGUGAUGAAGAUGAUAUAAAUGUACCAAGAAUUAUAAAAGAAGAACUUUAUGUCAUGUAUCAAAUCAUCUCUUUAAAAUAAGAGUUAUCUAUUAAGAUGUACAAUUUUCUUUAUUUGGACAAAACUACUCCAUGAAAAAAAUCAUUUUGUAUAGCUGAAAGCAAAAACAAUCCAAAAACAAUCUGCUGUCUGGCUAAAUGUUAAGGUAUUCAAAUGAAAUAAAAUUAAGUAAAUCAAUAAGUUUCAGUCUUAAAAAUAAACAAUGUCAUUGUAAGAAUCUGUUUAGUUCCUAACUGCAUGAAAGCUGUGCUAAGAAUGAAAUAAGACAAAAAAGCAUUAACCUCUUCAAAGCCUUAAAAACAUAAGGCGUAACAUAGAACAACAACAAGAGGAAUAGAAGACUAAAAAUAAGUGCACAGAAUGAUCGCAUCUGGAGGUAAGCUAAGAUUGUCACUACAGUCUGGCUCAGUUAAAGGUAGUCAUGAUAUUGCUUUGAUCUAGAAACUUGUGAUGGAAGGGGUAGGGAGGAUGGUUGUUGGGUACCACACAAAGUAAUAGGAUCUCAGAACUAGAGCUAUUUGUUAAAUGUCUGAUACCAGGUACAUCGACUCACCAGAAGUGGGUCUAACUUAGAGAACAAGAGGAUGCAAAUGAAAUCACUCCAGCAUACCUGAAAUUCAUUUUGUUCCUUGGAGAACAAGUGCAAACUGGAGACACAGGAUCUCAAUCCAGGAACCUAAACUUUAAUGACCCCAUAAUGACCCAAAAACUUGGCUGAACUUCUGGCACAACAUUUUUUAUUCACCCUUUCCUAAUUUCACUGUGCACUGCUAGAUCUGGGAAUAAAUCCAAACUGUGUCACCAACUAACUGACUAAAUUUAUGAAAGAUACUUAAUUUCUCUGAGCCUCAAUUUUCUCAGCUACAUAGGGUUCUUAGGAAAUGAGUACAGGUGGGUAGUCUGUAUUGGUAGCCAAUUCUAGUUACAAAUGAUAUUUUAUUGUCAUGCUAUUGCCAUAAAUGGUGAACAAAAUUAGACUGAAGGGUUCUGCAGUGAAGAUAGUCCACAUCCUAGCUUUUCCUUUUCAGGCUGACCCAUUCUUACAUCUCAACCUAUUGCACUAGUGCUGUCCCUAUCCAGGUGAUUAAGUUUAAGAAAAUUACUUCAAGAAAUGUGUUGGCUAUGGAGAAACUCAGCAUAAGUGAACCAGGUAUAUAUUCUCCAAAUGGCAGAAUCCUUUCCUAAAACAUAGUUAGAACAUAGACCUUAUGGGCUCUGUGUCAUCUGCCAGAAAGAGUAUACCUUACAAAUUUAAUCCUGAAAUCUCAAAGCUUUAGGCACGGAAUUCCCCCCAGCAGUCUAAGAUUUUUCAGC